AUGACGACACAUCAGCAGUACAGCAGCAUUACAACUGCAAUAGUCCACAGUUCUGGAGCAGAGGACCAGACUUGGAGUGAUAGUGUACCAACAAGCCUGCCAGUAGAUCAGGAGUCUAUGGACUCUGAAGCACAGGCUGCAUCUGACAUAAGCAGUCUUCUUCAUCGUCAUCCUCCGCGCAAAAUCCGGUUUGAGACCCUGCCGGACAUUGAGGAGAAUGCUCCCCUCCGCAGAUUUAAUUCAUCAAGCUUUCCUCGACCAAAAAGCAGUAAAAGGGUCCAUUUCAUAAAAAACCUGCGACAGCAUGACACAAGUGACGGCAGGAUAAUUCUGAUAACUGUCAGACGAGCUCUUUGUCGGGUGUUUUCUCUCAUACCUUACCGAGACUACAGCCAUAUUGGGGAUGUGACACUGGAGAGUGGACAUCAGCAACCAUCUGGAGCUAUGGCCACAAAAGAGAUGGUGAUCGGCCUGGAAGGUGUUGAGCUUGGUACUAAAGGAAAGGUCAGUCUAAAGACCUGUUCAUCUCUGUUCAUUGUAGUUCAAGCCACAUUAUGUAGGGUUUUUUGUACCAUUUUAAGGUAUGUUUUUGUAGUUUCAUACACCCAGCUGUUGUAUCCCACUCAUGCCCUGAGCAGACACUGUCCCGUCAAGCAGCAGAGCUCCUCAGGGCCCGUCUACCCUCCUGCUCCCUGUGGUUUCCAUGGUUUCCACCCAAUCAAGAGUGAGCCUUCUGUUUAUGUUGUGCUCAUUCAUUUAGCAGGAGCUGAUAGUAGAGACUGCAGGAACUAUGACCCAAACCUCUUGGAUGAUCCCCUUUGGCCAUGUGGCAAACACAAACGUGUGCUUGUCUUCCGUUCUUACAUGACUACUGUCAUUGAGUAUACCAAACCCAGUGAUCUGAAGAGAGAUAUGAAUAAGACUUUCAGGGAGAAGUUUCCACACAUUCGACUGACCCUCAGCAAAAUCCGGAGUCUGAAGAAAGAGAUCCGUAAGGUGGCUCAAGAGGACUGUGGAUAUGAGGAGCCUACAGUGGCCAUGGCCUUCGUGUACUUUGAAAAGCUGGCCCUCAGAGGCAAGGUGGACAAGCAGAACCGCAAACUCUGUGCGGGUGCCUGCAUCCUCCUGGCUGCCAAGAUGGGCAGUGACCUCAAAAGGUUCGAGGUCAGACAGCUGCUCGAUAGGCUAGAGGAGCGUUUGAGGCUGAGCAGGAGGGAGUUGCUGGCAUUUGAGUUUCCUGUGCUGGUGGCGCUGGAAUUUAACCUGCACCUGCCCGACCAUGAGCUGCUGCCACACUGCAGACGCCUGCUGCAGACCACCUGACCCAGGAAGGAACAUCACACUACCAACCACUACAUAGGCAGGGGUGCUUGACUUUAGAGACUGGAUGGCAUCAGAAACCACUACAGACCACCCGGCAAUCUAUGGACUUAA